CCCAGGACUGGCGAAAUCUACAGAAAAGAAUGGAGUAUGUUGUUCAGGGUAUUGUGCAGAAAAACUUCCCUCAGUUCAGUGAAGCCCAUGUAGCAACUAUCCAGCAUCAGUACUCUGAUAUUUCUGAAACCAAGUCAGAGAUUGUUAAUCUUGGCGUGAUUCAAGAGAACCCUGCCACGGCACGCAGAACUCUAGAAAUAUUAAAAUAUCUCCAUAAGUAUGUGCCAAUUGGACAGAAUGGACAUCCAUAUCCAAUCCUUUGUCAUGGAGACCAGUUAAGUGUGGAAAGAAUGGUAGAGGCAAAGCUGUCAAUGGCCUUCAGUGAGGAUGAAGCAGAUCAGCUUACUGGUCUCAUUCCAAGACCACAAGGAUUCCAUAAGAGGUGCAUAGUUCUUCAGGAUUCUAUGAACAUGUUGUUUAGUGGGAGCACAGUGGGGGACAAGGGUUCUUUGUUCCAUAUCAAGAACAGAUUUGGCUUCCGAACAGUGAAGAAAAAAAUCUCAGACUGUGUGAACUCGGUUGUGGAUUUCUUCAACUUCGUAACAGAAGGAAGUGUUUGCAUGAUUGUAUGUAACAUUCUGGACAUUAAUAACAUUGACAUGAACUCUGAUGUUAUACCUGAGGAUGAGAACGAAAGACAGGAAAUGUUCAAAGACAUCUGCAAAAGUGUUGUCCGACUCAUCUGGCCACAUAUAGAUAUGAAGUCCAUCCAGCAGGCUGCAGAGGGUAAUGUCAUACAAGACUCAGACUCUGAUGAUGACCGUCAAUACCUAGAUGACACCAUCCUGUACUGGAAUGACCAGACACAAGACGAGUUGGAGGAGACCUUGCCCUACUACGAUGAAGAUUCUGAUGAUGAGUUUGAUUUACCUGAAGUUGUGGACCAAAACAGUGGUGAUUCCGUUUUCAAGUAUAGUUGUAGCAUGCUGUGGCGUGGUCUCCUGCACAUGGUACAAACAAAUGCAGAACGGCACAACAAUGGGGACCAACUCAUGUCUGACUGGAGGCUUGAUAUGGUCUCAAGAUACAGCAAGAUUGUUGGGAGUGUUGGGAAAGCCCUUGAGGAUAUCUUGCAGGUGAAUGUCAUCCAGGAUUACAUUCCACAUGCGUCCUCAUCAGACGGAUCUUCAAAAGCAAAAUUAAAGAAAUUCAUUGAAGAGUAUGGAGUGGAAGAGUUGUUUGUCGACAAAGGAGAGGAAAGGCAUCACACUGGGUUUCAAGAUUUCAAACAUAACAUUUCAGUGAAAAAUCCAGAAAAAUUAAAUGCAAGGUUAAACAAAUAUGUUAAAGCACUGGAAAAUGAAGAAUUUCUUUAUAAUUAA